UCAAAACACUGGGAUAGACCGUCCGGCCGAUCAUUGUUUAUUAUCUGCUCUGUAUACCAUCGUCAUCUCCCAAUCCCCUCUUCUCCUCUUCUGCUCUCCCUCUCAACAAAAUGCCUCCGAAGACGACAAUCAAGAAAAAGAUCGUCAAAACCACUACUCCCAAAACCACUCGCAGAAUCGCUUCCAAAACUAAUUCCACCGAAACAGCGUCCCCUGAAGCCACCCCCAAUCAAAAAACCACAUCCCCUGAAACCACCACCACCUCCACCACCACCACCACUCCCAAAACUAGUUUCCUGGAACCCACCACCAUCACUCCCAUAACCAUCUCCCCUGAGACCUCUCCCAACAUUCCCAAAACCACCUCCCUUGAAACAACCACAACAGUAGAAACCAAUACCAACCCUGAAGAAACCACUGUCCCUAAAACCACCCCUUCCUCUGGAAGAAAAACCACUGCCCCUAAAAAAGUCACCCCCAAAACCACAGCACGCAAAACCCCGGCCAACCCCCAAAUCACCUCCAAAACCACCAGCACGCCCACAACCGCCUCCAAAAUCACUACAAAUACCAAUGAAAUCGUUACAUCUCCGGAAACCAUCACCACUCCAGAAACUGCUCCCGCUCCCAAAAUCACUGUUUCCCCGAACACCACCUCCAAAACCACUGCCAGCUCAAGAACCACCGUUGCUGAAGCCGGUACAUCUCCAGAAACCACCACCACUCCAGAAACCGCUCCCAAUCCUAAUGCAGCCUCCGAAGUCACCGCUGGCUCUAAAACCACCAUCACUCCUGAAACCACAACUGUGGAAACCACUAGCACUCUGAAAGCUACCUCUCCUGAAAAUGCCUCCAAAAUCACCAAGCCCAAAACCAUCAUCAAAGUAACAAAGAAGAUCGUAAAGCGAAAAAGGAUUAUUCGCAAACCAGUUGGAAUCGCCCCACAACUUCCUAACAGGAAAGAAGAAGAAGCAGAAACUAACCCUAACCCGAAUCUUAGCACUAGUCAAUCCAUUGAGACUGAAAUUCUCGACCUGAACAACCCCACCACUGCUCCGGCCCAAUUUCUUCCUACUGCCCAAAAUGCCAAUCCUCCGGAUGGCCCAUCCGUUGCAGAAAACCAGAUUCUCGAUGAUAUCAUGGUGGAAAAUGAAACUGAGAAAGGGGAUUUAGGUGCUGCUCAGGAUGAUGAGAUGACAGUUUCGGAGCGGCGGAGACGGCGGAAGACAGAGAUUUUUAUCGGAGGGUUGGAUAAGGAUGCAAAGGAGGAGGAUAUCCGGAAAGUGUUCGAAAAGGUUGGGGAGGUGGUUGAGAUUCGUCUGAUGAUGAAUAGCCAGACUGGGAAGAACAAGGGAUAUGCGUUCUUGAGAUACGCCUCGGCUGUGGAUGCAAAGCGGGCCGUGACUGAAUUUGCCAAAGUCGAGAUUUGCGGAAAGCGAUGUGGAGCAGCAGCUGUCGAGGGAAAUGACACAAUAUUUCUUGGUAAUAUCAACAAAAAAUGGAAGAAAGAAGAUAUUACUAAGUUGUUACAGGAAAUUGGAAUCGACAACAUUGACACAGUUACAGUCAUGGCAGAUCCUAAUGAUCAUAACUGUAAUCGUGGAUUUGCAUUUCUUGAACUUGAAACUAAUAAAGAUGCACAAAAUGCAUACAAGAAACUUCAAAAGAAGGAUGUUUUUGGUAAGGAUCGAAAUAUCAAAGUUUCUUGGGCGGAACCCCUGAACGAUCCAGAUGAAGAAGAGAUGCUGAAGGUCAAAUCAGUUUAUGCUGAUGGUAUACCAUCAACUUGGGAUGAAGAUAAAGUGAGAAAGCAUUUCAAGAAGUUUGGGGAGAUUGAGAGAGUUGUGCUUGCACGAAACAUACAAUCGGCGAGGAGAAAAGACUUUGCCUUUGUUAAUUACAAAACUCGUGAAUCCGCCCUUGCAUGCAUUGAAUCUUUCAAUAAGGAGGAGUUGAUUGAUGAGGACUUGAAGGCGAAUGUGAAGGUAUCGCUUGCCAGGCCUGUACAAAAGGGUAAACAAAGCAAAGGAGGGUCAACUUCUAGCAGUAAGGAUUAUAUCAAAGAGAAGCCAAAGCCAGUCAAACGUGACAUAACUGUAAGUCUUCCCUCCAAUAAAGGCAAGUAUGUUAGAGGAGUCCCUGGUAACAUUGGUGUGGAUAAGAAGUCUUCCACAACCCAUGAACUCAUACAAGUUCUAAGGGAGCAGGCAGCUCGGGGACAGGGACAAACAGGUUUUCUUAGAGGCUCUACUUCUCAAGAUUACCAAGGUUACAUGUAUACAUUACCCGGAGGAAAGCGUCCUUUCUCUUCAUUGGGAGAUGAUAUGGUUUACUCGGAUCCAAGAGGUUAUUCUCGUGCUCGUCUAGAUGGUUCUUUCCCAGUUGCAAGCUCAAGUUACAGCACAUUGUCCCACGGCAUGACUGGGACAUCACUCCCAUCUUCUUAUCAGCGACCUGGUUCUGGCUAUACAGCAGGUUCGCUUUAUGGGGCUAGUGACCCUUCGACCACAUUCCAGACGAGGCAUGGAUCUGCUCCGUAUGGAAGUGGCCAUUACCCGAGAUACUGAUCUACACCUUGAAUCUGGUUGAAACACCGAGAUGUUCUCGCCACCACUGUCAAGAUCAGUGCAGCUCCAAGCAUUGCUGAUGACAUUCAUUGGACUCCCUUCUGUACGAUUUUGAAACAAAGGUUGUGCAAAGAAAUGUAUGCAGCGGUGAAUGAGUGACAAGUAUUACAGCCCUUCGUUUCCCAGUUUCAUAUAUUUUGUGUACAUUGAUACUUCUUCAUUGGUUGUAUCUUUGUUAGCAACCAACUUAAAAAAAAAAAAAAAAAAAACUGCAAACUCUAGGAAUCUAAUCCGAACGGUUAUUUUAUGUUUCACUAUAUAAUGAAGAGGUAUGUAUUAUAGGCCCCUGCUAAUCAAUGGUAUAUCAUUUUGCA